ACUCUGGCCCGGUUCUCGGUGGUGCGGGAGCUGGCGGUAGCAGCGGCCGCUCUGGUCGGCGGACGUGCUGCCGAGUAGUCCCGGAAGCGAAGCAGCGAUGGCGGAGAGUCCGACUGAGGAGGCGGCGACGGCGGGCGCCGGGGCGGCGGGCCCCGGGGCGAGCGGCGUUGCUGGUGUCGUUGGCGUUAGCGGCAGCGGCGGCGGGUUCGGGCCGCCUUUCCUGCCGGAUGUGUGGGCGGCGGCAGCGGCAGCGGGCGGGGCCGGGAGCCCGGGGAGCGGCCUGGCUCCGCUGCCCGGGCUCCCGCCCUCGGCCGCUGCCCACGGGGCCGCGCUGCUUAGCCACUGGGACCCCACGCUCAGCUCCGACUGGGACGGCGAGCGCACCGCGCCGCAGUGUCUACUCCGGAUCAAGCGGGAUAUCAUGUCCAUUUAUAAGGAGCCUCCUCCAGGAAUGUUCGUUGUACCUGAUACCGUUGACAUGACUAAGAUUCAUGCAUUGAUCACAGGCCCAUUUGACACUCCUUAUGAAGGGGGUUUCUUCCUGUUCGUGUUUCGGUGUCCGCCCGACUAUCCCAUCCACCCACCUCGGGUCAAACUGAUGACAACGGGCAAUAACACAGUGAGGUUUAACCCCAACUUCUACCGCAAUGGGAAAGUCUGCUUGAGUAUUCUAGGUACAUGGACUGGACCUGCCUGGAGCCCAGCCCAGAGCAUCUCCUCCGUGCUCAUCUCUAUCCAGUCCUUGAUGACUGAGAACCCCUAUCACAAUGAGCCUGGCUUUGAACAGGAGAGACAUCCAGGAGACAGCAAAAACUAUAAUGAAUGUAUCCGGCAUGAGACCAUCAGAGUUGCAGUCUGUGACAUGAUGGAAGGAAAGUGUCCCUGUCCUGAACCCCUACGAGGGGUGAUGGAAAAGUCCUUUCUGGAGUAUUAUGACUUCUAUGAGGUGGCCUGCAAAGAUCGCCUGCACCUUCAAGGCCAAACUAUGCAGGACCCUUUUGGAGAGAAGCGGGGCCACUUUGACUACCAGUCCCUCUUGAUGCGCCUGGGACUGAUUCGUCAGAAAGUGCUGGAGAGGCUCCAUAAUGAGAAUGCAGAAAUGGACUCUGAUAGCAGCUCAUCUGGGACAGAGACAGACCUUCAUGGGAGCCUGAGGGUUUAGACCCUGCUCCCAUCUCCCCUUUCCCCCCAACUCAAGAGUCCCAGCAGAAUUCCUUCCCCCCACCCCAGGGAUGGAGAGGCACUGUGUAUCUCCCUCCAGACUCGAAGUCAUCCUGCAAGAUGGCGAGAACCAAGCAAGCUCGGAUCCCAGGGUGUGGGAGUGGGGGGCCUGUUCCCGGUCUGACCUUCUUGGCACUGGAGCAUCUGGGGCGACGUUCAUCUGUUCAUCCCAUAUCAGGGGCCAAGGUACCUUUACGGGAGCACCUAGAGCGAGGGCCUCUGGCAAAAACAAAACAACCAACACACCUCUCCACAGGGCCAGCUCCUUAGGGAUAAGUAGAAGACGGAAAUUGCAAUUCCAAGAGGGAGUGUGCCCAAAUGAUUUAUGGGGAUACCUGGAAGGGAGCUUGGGGUGGGGGCUCUCUGUGACACUUAAGCAGUCUGGGUGGUUGUCUAUUUGUCUGUCUUCAGUCUUGAAGCAGGGCUUCCCAAUGCCCUUUUCCUCCCUGCCUGCCUUCCCCAAUUAUUUCCCACAGGCCAGCAUAAUUUUGUUUUUCCUAAUUUAUAGUCACUGUUCUAGACAGACCAAAGAAAAGGAACAGUGGUGGAGUCUAGGCUGCUGAUCAGUAAGCUUUACCUAGCACCUGAGCACCUUUCUCCCCUCCCCCCUUUCCUCACCCUUUUCUAGAUGUAAGACAGAAGGUAAAUGUGACUGGGACUUAACCAAGGUCUUGGUAAAGCCUGCAUAGGCACCGUAAGAAGCUGAAAAUACUGUUUGUUCCCACAAUCACUGAUUUGAAAAGUUCCCGGCACAGGCAGCUGCUGUGUAUAUGGGAUUAGAGCCACUACAUAGAAUAGUCUUACAGAUUUUCAUAAAUACUAGUCACAAUGAGGGUAUUUCUUUUGAGGGUGGAGUACGUGGGAGACUGAUGCUAGUCCUUGUAUUUUGUUGGGCUGUCCUUGUGUAUUUUCACCCCAGCCUGUAGUCCUCACUUCAACCCCAGGGAUUUGUGGGGAGCAAGGGUAGCCAAUGGCAGAGGGGAUUGGGGCUGGGACUCUGGAGGCUCCUCCCCUUCUUUCUCCUUCUUCCGCCUCCCCUCUGCCCCCAGCUGCUCGUCACUGACUCUGAUGGGUGUUUGCCUGGCUGUGUUGCUUCUCUGUAUUUAGCUGCAGUGAUCCUUUAGCUGGUUGGCUCAGAAAAAAAAUGUGCUUUAGAUGCCCUGUAAUCCUGGGCAUCAAGGGAAUCCAUCCUUCCCCUUUUUGAUACGUUCUCCCCAUACUUCCAGAUUUAUUGUUAUGGCUCCCAGUGGGUAUUGGCAAUUCUUGUGAUGCAGGGCCUCAGUCAGUGUCUAACCAUGCAUAAGGGAGAGGAUAGUGUGUACCUGCCCUGCCCGCUGCUAUGAAGGUCUCUGGCUUGUGGAUCAUGGGACUCCCCUUGGAGGAUCUGUGCACAGGGGGGCUGGGCACAAAGGAGAAUGUCCUACUUGGGAGGGCAGGAAGCAAAGGAACUGGACAGGGAUUGGUGGGCUUGGGGAACGGAAGUUUAUCUUGGAUACCCAUGAAGAGGCUGGGUCUCUUCACAUGAAGAUUGAAAAGGGACCCUGCUUCCAAUUUCCCUCUUCCAUUCCUCGAGCUACUCCAGGGCUUAGAAAAAUGCCCUUGGUCUGUGGGUCCAGUGUUGUCUGUCAUCCAUUUAAGUGUUCCCACUUUCAAGUGACAAUCCUCUCCUUGGCCCUGCCAUAGGGCAGAGCAUGUCUGGCAUAGCAGCCUGACUUUUAUGCCCUAAUCUUGAGUUGAGGAAAUAUAUGCACAGGAGUCAAAGAGAUGUCUUUAUAUCUGACUGUACAUAAAUGAAGUUUUCUUUUUUUUUUUUUCCUUUUUGGUGCAAUAAAAGUUUGUUUUGGCAGAA